AUGAACCAUAAAAUUGACCCUAAAAAAAUAUCUCAAAUACCAACACAACACACUAUCAUAAUUGACUACCACCCUUCACAUGAAUAACCAACCCCACAAACUCAUCAAAAUCCUCAACCAACCGUUCAUCCCCUCUACCACUCUUUUUUUUUUCUUUUCAUCAUAACUUUUCAUGAAAUUUAAAAUAUAUAGCACGUGCAGACAAAUUUCACCGAAAACCACUCUCAAAUAAGCACCAUUAUUUUUACUCUUUAUAUAUUAUCCUCUGUUUUUCUUAACUCAACACCGCUUAUACUCUGUUUUUAUCCAAAUGACCCUGUUUUCUCCGUUAUCCUUUUUUCCCUUUCACCACACCACCAUUACCAAUGCUUCCCUUUUAAGAAAACCAACAUUUUCUCACACCCUUUUGACCCUUUUUCACAAUAUAUUUAUUAAAUCACGUGUUUCAAACACCACCAAAAUACACCAUCAUCUUUUUCUUCAUUUUCUUCCUCUGUAUCUCUCUGUUUUUCUCUCUUUUCCUAAGAAUAAUACAUAGAUGACUGAUGUAAAUGUUGCUGCAUUUGAUGAAUUUCUCCAAGGAUGGAUGAUUCGUCAAAGAAACUACCUCAAUGAUCUUCUCUCAGCUCAACAACAGCCUCAAGAGUUGGCUGAUUCUGAUAGGUUGAAUUUGUUAAACAGAGUACUCUGCCACUAUGGACAAUACUAUGAAGAGAAAUCAAAGAUAGCCCAUCAAAAUAUUCUUCUUCUUUUCUCACCACCAUGGUUCAGUUCAUUGGAAAAAUCUUUUCUCUGGGUGGCAGGGUUCAAACCAGGGUUAACAUUUCAUCUUGUAAACAAAACUUUAGAGGAUUUGUCAGAGGAUCAGAGGCAGAGGUUGAGUGAGCUCAAACAAGAGAUUAAGAUGAAGGAGAGAGAACUAAAUGAUGAAUUGGCUAAGGUUCAUGAGAGUAUGGCGGCGCCACCGGUUCUUGACAAUGUUAGAAGCCAUGGAAGAGUGUGUUUGAGUAGGUCAUUCAUGGCAGAAGAGGGUACAGUUUCUAGUUCAUUCAAGGAAACAUUGGAGAAUUUGGUGACAAAUGCUGAUGCUUUGAGGACUGAGACAGCUUUGAGAGUUGUGCAGAUACUGAAACCAGCUCAGGUUCUCAACUUUUUUGUUGCUGUUGCUGAGCUUCAGCUCAAGGUUAGGUCUUUGGGUUUUGAUAAGGAUGCUCAGAGGGAAAACCAAGGGUGAAUGAAUCAUGGGAAAUUUAAGGUGGUUUGGUUUUCCUUCUGUAAUACAUAGGGUUUAGCAGUGAUGAUGUGCAUUGAUUAGUGUUCAUUCAGGUUUUCUAUCCCUAAUGAUGUUUCCUUGAUGAGCAAGAUCAGGCCAUGCAAUGCAUCCUUCAUCUGGAAGCUACAAUAUGACAAAGAGUGACAGCCAGACCAGGAUCUGUACUCAAAUAGCUGCCUCUGAUUUAAUUACUUAUUAUUGUUAUUAUUAUAUUAUAUAUAUUAUAUAUUAUAUUUACCAUAGUAGAUUUUUUUUCUUGUGAUAUUAAGACAUGUUUGUGAGUGAAGAAUAACUUAGAUGCAUAAGAUGUGGAACCUUAAAAAAAAAAAUCACAUUUUCAAUUUCCCAUGCACUUGGACAUUUGCAAUUUUGCAUCAUAACAGGUGUAAUUUUUAUACUUUCCUCAACACAAGGUUCAUUCUUCACUCAGAGAGGGCAAGAGAAUGCAGAAAUCUCACACAUUGAAAGUGAAGAGAUUAUAUAAAGUGGAAAACAGGUGAUAAAGCAGCUUGUUCUUCAUAGCAUUCACCAAGAAAAGGAAAAGAGGAGAUGUAGACUUCAAGAAUAUGCAAUAAAAAUUAUUUUUAUUUCACUGCAUUGUAAUCUACUCAACAUUUUAUUGAAUGCUUCUGUUUUACCAGUACUUAUUAAUUACAAAAAUAUGAACCAAUGGAAUACAAUAGUGUCUGUAGAGGAACACUU